AUGUGUUCACUAUUACCACUAUUACUGAGAGGCAGUCCGAGGAUCUGUCCAGUCGUUGCACUCAAUGGCCGUAUAUAUCGACACUUCAGCGAUGGCCCAAACAAUCAAACCAAACCAUCAAAAGUGUCACAAAAGUUGGCACAAAUGGACGAAAAGCUGAAAUCGGAUCCAAACAGUCCUUUGGGACGACUCGACAGAACUCCUAAAAGAGACGCCAAUUCUGGGGAUACGAGUCAUAGUCAUAGUCAUAGUGAGGGUCAGAGUGAUAGUGAGGACAACCAGUCAUAUGAAGACCCGUUCGCCGCCUUCACGGAUGGCGUGAAUCCUCGGACGGGCGAGAGAGGGGGUCCGACAGGUCCUGAGCCCACCCGCUUCGGCGAUUGGGAGCGCAAGGGAAGGGUCACUGACUUCUGA